UACAGCACUUUUAUUAAUUUGCUUUGACCAGGUAAUCCUGAUUCAGUAAUUGGUAAUCCUGUCACUGAUGAAGAUAAAAGAAAUCUCCUUCCAGUACCUCUUGGUUUGGUGCUGCAAGAGAAUCCAGAAGGAUGCUUGAUCAAAGGGAGGAUGAUGCAAGCGCUUCGGUACCUCAAAGAAUCGACAGAACAUGUUCUUGCUCAGGUUUGGACACCUGUAAAGAAUGGGGAACGCUAUGUACUGACAACUUCCGGGCAACCUUUUGUUCUUGAUCCGCACAACAAUGGUCUUCUUCAGUUUAGAACAGUCUCUCUGAUGUAUAUGUUUUCUGUGGAUGGGGAGAAUGUUGAGGAUCUGGGGCUACCUGGCCGUGUUUUCUGUCAAAAAUUGCCAGAAUGGACCCCAAAUGUGCAGUAUUACAGCAGCCAAGAGUAUCGACGACUUAAUCAUGCUUUGCACUACAACGUCAGGGGAACCUUGGCUUUGCCUAUCUUUGAAGCGUCUGUGCAGUCGUCCUGUGUUGGUGUGCUUGAGCUUAUAAUGACAUCACAGAAGGUUAAUUAUGCUCCUGAGGUUGAUAAAAUCUGCAAAGCUCUUCAGGCAGUAAAUCUAAAAAGUUCUGAAGUACUGGAUCUUCCAUAUAUGCAGAUAUGUAAUGAAGGUCGCCAAAAGGCCCUGGCUGACAUCUUAGAGAUAUUAACCCUCGUGUGUGAGACCCAUAAUUUUCCUUUGGCUCAAACAUGGGUUCCAUGCAUUCAUCACAGUGUUCUAGCCAAUGAUGGUGGUGUGAAGAAGAGUUGUACAAGCUUUGAUGGAAGCUGCAUGGGGGAAGUCUGCAUGUCAACUGAUGUAGCAUUCUAUGUUGUAGAUCCACACAUGUGGGGUUUCCGCGAUGCUUGUGCUGAGCAUCACUUACAGAAAGGGCAGGGAGUAGCAGGGAGGGCAUUUGCAUCCCAUAAGUCAUGUUUCUCCAGGGAUAUCACUCAAUUCAGCAAAACUGAGUACCCCCUGGUACACUAUGCACGCAUGUUUGGCUUAACUAGCUGCUUUGCUAUUUGCUUACGGAGUGCCCACACAGGCAGUGACGAUUAUGUUCUGGAGUUCUUUCUGCCACCUAGCAUCACAGACUGUAGAGAGCAAGAAGCUUUAUUAGAUACUAUCUUGAAAACAAUGAAGCAGCAGUCCCAGAGUUUAAGGGUUGCUUCUGGAAAAGAACUGGAAGAGGAGUGUAGAUCUGUUGAAAUUAUUGAAAAGUGUUCAAAUGAGAAACAUAACUCCAAAAUUGAAUGUUUUCAAGUGUCUCCUAGCACUAAAUCCCCUAUUGGGCAUGAAGGCUUACCAAAUAUGGUGGAGGUUGUGCAGCCAAAUCCAUUAGAACAGUGUAUAAUAGACAGCUAUGCUCUGAAGGAUGAAGAGAGUCUGGCUAAUGCUGAUGAAAGCCACACUGCUGUCACUUUGUUGGACAAUAAAGUCAUAAAGAAACCAUUAGAGAGGAGUCAUGGCAAGACAGAGAAGUCAAUCAGUUUAGAGGUCCUCCAACAAUAUUUUUCUGGUAGUCUUAAAGAUGCUGCAAAGGGUAUUGGUGUUUGCCCUACUACCAUGAAACGAAUUUGUAGGCAGCAUGGAAUUUCCCGGUGGCCUUCUCGUAAGAUCAACAAGGUUAAUCAUUCUCUGACCAAGCUGAAACAUGUCAUGGAAUCUGUCCAAGGCACUGAAGGAGCAUUAAGUCUGACUUCUCUGGUGACAAGUCCAGUUCCUGUUGCUGUUGGUUCCAUUUCUAGGCCUGCCAAUGGGAAUGGAACCAAUCAACAAUCGCCACAUUCUAAGCCUUCUGACCAGGGGGGAAGGGAGACAGAAUCACCAAACCAUGUCACACCAGAAAGCGAUGGGCAUGGUGACGCAGGAGAUCAAAUAAUUGAUGCGAGUAGACUGUUGGCUCAUCAGAAACUCAUUCAUGAGCAAAAUGGGUUUGUCAUGGAGAAUUGUAAGAGUCCCAAUGUGUCUAAAACAAGAAGUGGUUCAGCAGAAGAGAGCACCAACACCCCUACUUCUCACGGUUCAUGCCAAGGAAGCCCUGCCAAUGGAACUGCUCAGUUAAAUGGUCAAUUCGUUUCCUCUAUCCAAAAAGAAGGUAUUUCUGUGGGGAGAUCAUCAGCUUUGGCAUUUCAACUAACUGAUACAAAUCCACCUACUGCCUAUACUGUCCCUGAUGCUACUAUCACCACACAACAUCAAGCACCAUUGGGUGGAAUGCUAAUAGAGGAUGCAGGAAGCUCAAAAGACUUGAGAAACCUCUGUGGUUCAACAGCAGAGUUUUGUCAGGCCGAGCAGGUCCCAGAAUCUAGUUUUAUCAAACUUCCAUGUCCUGAUCAAGCCUCAAAGCAGACUCUGGCUCCUCUCACUGAUGAGAUGCCACAUGUUACAACUACCCUAGAUGUUGGAACAGUUACCUUUAAGGCAACUUACGGAGUAGAUAUUUUUAGGUUUCGGCUUUCUCCGGCUUCUGGCAUGGUCAAGUUGAAGGAUGAAUUGGCCAAGCGGCUGGAGUUGGAAGAGGGUACAUUUGAUAUCAAGUAUCUGGAUGACGACUAUGAGUGGAUUUUGCUGACUUGUGAUGCAGACUUGCAUGAGUGUAUGGACGUGUCGAGGUCAUCUGGUGGACGUAUGGUCAGACUGUUGGUGCAUGACAUAGUUGCCAACUUUGGCAGCUCUUGUGAGAGCUCAGGCAAUUGAGGAGAAACCACAUCGUAAAGCAGGUAAACUU